AUGAAGCAGGCGGUCCUGACCAGUCGACUGACAGGCCAAUUGGCUAACUGACAUCGUCGACAGCGACGGACUAUAUCCAAUCCUCUAGUACUUCAUCGACAAGGUAAUGUGAUUACAACGUCCGGUGACAUGUCAACGUUUAAAAGAAACAUCCGGUUGGUAUUGAUCAGUUUGGGUGAGGUACCAAACAAGGAGGAGGACAGUCGAUGUAUGGCUUAUCGUAACGCAUUCAAUCUGACCGAUCGGGAUGUAUCCGUUUAUGAACGUACCCUAAACCAAGGCCAAUUGACUAUCAAUGUCACAGCCCCAUCUUCGUGGACUGUGGUUUCUGGACUACCUCCGGACAAUUUCUAUCGUGUUCUUCUAUUUGCCAUGGCUGGUACUCAACGAAGUCCACCAGCUUCAAUGCCUUCAUCGCCCCGAGUACCAGCUUUGGCUCCGAGGACAGCGCCGAGAGAUAUCAAAGUAACCGCCCGAGGGAUUCAGAACGCCAAGGUGGCUUGGGAACCGCCGGACGGAGCUGACUGUACCGGCGAGCUUAUCAACUAUGUGAUCUCUAUCAAUUCGUCACGUUUACUUGAGCCCAUGAUUAUCAAAGUGCCCCGCGAGAAGCGCAGCUAUGUGGUCAACGAUUUGGUCCCGGGAACGCAGUACACAGUUCAAGUGGCAGCUACUACGCGUGGUGGUGUUGGAGUCGCGUCGAAACCACUAAAUUUCCGUACUGGGGGUGAGACACCCCGUGUGGAUCUGGACGAUGAGGAGGAUGUGGAAGGAGCCGCGCUGGUCAGUGAAGAUCCAGAGGAAUGGGGUAAUGAGUUUUACGAGGGUCUCAGUUCCAGACAGGAAUGGAUAGUGGAUGAUAGAAAUACCUAUGGAGAUCCUGGAAUGUAUAUGGUUCCCGCAAAAAUACACAAUCUGCGUGCCACCGCUACACAAAAUAGCAUUCAUUUGAAAUGGACCGUAGCACUGAGACGAGUGAACCCGGAAACCGAAAGUGAUCUGAUCAUGGUCGGGUUGCGCAAUGGUCCAAGUAGAACGGCCGAACCUUCGGCACGUCCUAUGCGUAUCAGUCUCUCUGUUAACAAGCACGAGAAAGACACACAGGGCUACUUACCCUCGGGCACCAAAUACCUGAUCCGAUGGGGCGAUAUGCAUCCGGGGCCGGCGGAAGACACUGUUCGUGGCGAUCAAACAGAGUAUUUGAUAGAGAACUUACGACCAGGAACCAUUUAUUAUAUUCGAGUGAUUGCAGUCACGCAGUUGGGUGAAGGACCUGCUGCCUAUACCGUAACUCGAACACUCAGUUCCAUGACAGACAACUUAUCUCGUCCUAUCAGUGGCCCAUUGAUCCCAGUUAAUCUUGUGGUACAGGCCGUUGGAUCCACAUGGGCUCGCGUCGGGUGGGAAUUACCCAACCUUCCUGCUCCUGAAACAAUGCCCUCAAUGGUAUUUCAGAUCAAGUACUACGCCAUUACGGCCGAUGGAUUCAACGAACACCAAAGGGGUCGUGGCAGUGGACUGUCUGCCUACGAAAGAGAUGUUGAACUUGUCAAUCUAACUGUACCCAAUCGAAAUCGGGGUACUAAACGGAGUGGAAAUCAUUUUAAGGCGAUGCUCCGUGGCCUGAGACCCGGCACACAGUACGAGUUCGGAGUGUGUCUGAUUCAAACCCAUUUGUCGAAUGAUCCGAUACCAUCAAUUGCUCGAGAGGGCACUAGUACGACACUUGCCGCAUCCCCGUAUUGCUGGAGCAUGGUACAAGGAUUUGAAACGUUUGGGCAGAACCCUAAAGAUCCUCCGCAUCACAUUCGCGUUCUAAUCCCGGAAUCCCCGACCCGAUCGGACAAUGUCGAUGUGCUACAAUUUGAUCCGGCCGAUUCGCGAGAGUUGCCCCUGGACGGUGUCAACACGUACCCCGUUCGAGUGCUAUGGGACGCACCACUCCAGUCGAACGGACCAAUUGUUGCCUAUAUUAUCUAUCUGACCAAUCGAAAGCAGACCAUUGCACAUUGGCUCGAACGUUCAGUGGACGGUGCGUUGAGGCGAGUGGAAUUGCGGGGUUUGGAAGCGGAUCGCGUCUACUACAUGCGAAUCGCUGCUCGGAACAGACAUGGCCGAUCCCCGCUAUCGCCAGUGGUUGUAUUUCGCACUCCGGACGUUCAAGGAAUUGGUGGUGGCAUGUUCAAGUUGUCACGUGACUACUACGAUGCUGUCGAUAUCAAUGAACCUCUCGUGACUAUGGUGACCGGGAUUAGUGAAACAUCCGGGGCCGAUACAGCUGAACUCAAAGGAGAAAGUGUGCCAUGGAUUGUGGUUGGCAGUGUGCUCGGUGGCGCUCUUGUCAUAAUGAUCGUGGUCACGGUGAUCCUACUCAACCGAUGUCGAAAAGGACGCACUUCACUUGGACUGAUGAAAGGACAACAACCAAAACAGCCAUACCUCGCAGCCUAUCCGAAUUUCUAUCACACGGAUCCGAACAGACCCGCUGAUAUCGGUCAAAAAGUUCAUAACUUCGCCAUGCCGGACGCAUGCCUGGGUAGCUGCAGUCUUAGUGGAAGUGCGACAGGGGGCUCCCAACCUGGACCACUUGGAGUUCGGUUGCCCGAGACAACGUGUGGUGCGACACAUGAUUCACGGCACAAACAUGAUCACUCCAGUCAUAUUGUUUCACCCCCACAGACGUCCUCUUGCCAGUGCUCAGAAUGGUCAUCCAAAGGCUUGACUGCUCAUAAUCACACGUGCCCAAAUGAAGCCAAGUGCACGUGUUGUAAUUCAGUAGAUGGUAACCCUCAAUGGAUCUCAGUUGGACAUUCGUGCCAAAUGACAUUGGGAGGUUGUUUGGACGAUAGACACUCAACGCCGGCAGGUAGUGAGAAGGACGUAAGUGGCUGCGGUAGUGGAGGGCUGAGGCGCAUGGAUCCAGUACUUGGGCGGAAGUUAUCGGCUCGCGGAGCUCUUGAAUCGCACGACUGUUACAAUCACGGCUAUCCACGAACAGAUCACUCUGGUGGAUGCAUCAAACACGAAAAUUGGCCUAGGGGUGCAAAUGAAAACAUACACUCGCUUUUACAACCGCCACGUGAUAUGACGUUGUCCUACCUUGCUUCAGCUCACAACGAAUGCCAUGGAAAUCACAUUCACUCUGAAACAUGUGAGCUCCAACAUAAUUUGCAAACACAACAACAAACCCAACAGCAGCAACAACAACAGCAAUCCCAACAUCAGCAGCAACAAAAGAAGCUUCCGUUUUUGAAAACACAUACAAAUAACGGCUAUAAUCCCAUACAGGGCAGCCAGCUUUCAGCUGGAGAACGAUCUCCAGAAUUUGUAUACAUGCAAUCCAGACAUGGGGCCGGUAUGCUGGCCAAUCACGGAUUCACGGGUAGUGGUAGUCUAAACGAUGACGAAGCCAUCACCUCUUCUCCAGCUAGCAGUUCCGCUGGCAGGGCGUCUGCUGGUCUCACUCAUCUAUCCACAUCACAAACUCAUGGGAAUGCAUCAAUGCGCAAAUUCCAACAAAGUUCAUUACAGGGAUUGGGUAAAUCAGAUGUGGACAAACUGCACGGAGGGAUUAGUCCUCAGCGUAUUGGAGUUUUCCCUUCCACAGUACAAACCACAUACGACGGCCGAGGAAAAUCUCUCAAAAUCUCUGAGUACAAAAUGGGUCGCCCGAUUCAGUCGAGUGUAACAUCGAAUGUUAUGGUUGAUGUAUCACCCACAAUUCAACAAAAGCAUCGAAUCGGCAAUUUCGGUAAUCCAACCCGAGUGAAUGUGAUGAGUUCGGACUAUGCGUCUCAACAAAGCAGUUUGAGCAAUCCGUCAAGUGCAUCUAGCAAUGCAGGUUUUGGAUUCUCCCCUGAGCGUCCGGCUUCAAACACCAGCACUCCUUUGGGUCCGGACUCCCAGUUGACUGGAGUCGGUCUUUCGUUUGCCUUGGACCGUGUCCCCACACCAGAACCCACUCCCCGACCUGCGCCAUUCAGUCGACUGGCUGCGGGAGAUUUACUAAAUACCCAAAUAAAUGCACGUCUCCCGGGAAAUCGCGAAGAGUAUCUGGGUUCAUCGGACGCAACCGAAAAGCUUCUACAAUCUCCGUUGUUAAAGAAAAGUGAACUGAUGACUGCUCCAUCCGGAUUUGAACGGGAGCACACUCCGGAUACACCCGACAGUAUAUCCGAGAAAGAACUAAUGCGGGGAUACAGUGCUGAGGAGUUGAACCAGGAAAUGGCCAAUUUGGAAGGUCUGAUGAAGGAUCUUAAUCAGAUUACACAAAAUCAAUUCGACUGCUGA